AUGGCGGUGUUGGCGAUGGGAAUUGAUGGAAGGUUGAAUCAAAUUGAUGAUGAGUCAGAUGAAGAUAAAGAACUAACCAACAACUUGAUGCAGCUAUAUUCAUCGGGGCAAAUACCUAGAUAUCCAGAGCCAAGAGAAGUCUUCACAAGAAGAUAUACGUACCGGGUUCGGGAUGAAUGGCACGAGAAGCUGAUGCACGAUUAUUUUCUUCCUGACUAUGCGUUCUCUGAUAAAAAUUUCCAAGACCGAUUUCGCAUGCCCAGACAUUUGGUGCUAAAGAUUAUUGGUGAGCUUUUCCAUGUAGAACCUCAAUUUAAUUAUCAGUAUGAUGCACUGAAUAUUAGGGGUCAUAGCCCUGAACAAAAGGUUACUUCGGCUUUGAGGAUUUUAGGAUAUGGCAGACCUCCGGAUUCUAAUGAUGAGUACCUUCGCAUUGAUGUUAGAGAAAUAUCAAAGCAGAAUCAGGAAAGGGGAUUUCCUGGAAUGCUGGGUAGUCUUGACUGCAUGCAUUGGGUAAAUUUCAGUAUUAACGGGAAUCACUACACUCAUGGUUAUUAUCUUGCAGAUGAAAUUUAUCCAAAAUGGUCAACUUUAGUUCAAUGUUACCAUCAGCCACCUGCCGGUGAAAUGGGUCGUUCAUACUCGUAUUUCAAUAGUAAACAAAUGAAUCUGAGAAAGGAUGUGGAACGGGCUUUUGGAAUUCUGAAGCGGAAGUUCGCAAUCGUUUGUGGGCCUUAUCGUGGUUUAAGUGCUCGUGAAAUGCAUAAGACUAUGCUGACCUGCAUCAUUAUGCAUAACAUGGUUAUUCAGGAGACCCGUCGUAAUAAGAAUUGUUAA